AUCACCCAUGUUUUUAGUAUUCUCUGUCACAUUUUCAGACCUCCUCUCUAUCACUGCUUUUAAGUCUAGUCAAAUCAGGCUCUUAUUUUGACAUUUUUGCGCAGUCUUUCCUUUUGGUCCUGGCUGGUUUGACGCUGCACGGAGGCAACCCAUGAUCGCAGACUCAACACGCAUCCUCACACCACUGACCUGGGCUUAGCUGUGUCCUGCAUGUGUGUGCAUGUGUGUGCGUGUGUGAGCGGGAGCGGGAGUGUGAGUGAUCCCCAGAAACCAGCAGCAGGAUGGAGGAUCUCAAGGAGAAUCUGGGAACUUUGGAUUGACGCCCGGGGAUAACGCGCGGUCGGCCUGAACCUCAUCGGGUUUCUCGUGGAUUUAUAUAUUUGGAUGUUGUCUGUUUCUCCCUUUUCCCUUUUUCUUCUAGGCAGUGGGAAUUUACACUUGGCUUACAAUUCCUAUUAUUUCUGGCGUGCAAAAUGCCAUUCGCCAAAAGGAUUGUGGAGCCACAGCUUCUGUGCAGGCACCAGAUCCCCAACGAUGAAGGUCUGCUUUUCGAGGACCUGUGUGCCAUCAGUAACGUGGUUCUGUCCCGGACCUUGCGACAGCUGUCCGACCUGGCCCGGCACGCCUGCUCCUUAUUUCAGGAGCUGGAAAACGACAUCAUUAGCACCAACCAGCGGGUCUGGGUCCUCCAGAACAAAAUAGGCCAGAUACAGCAGACUGCCAGUGCCCUAGACCCAAAAAAGGAGGCAGUGCCGGUGUCAAACCUGGAUAUAGAGAGCAAGCUGUCCCUUCACUAUCAGGCUCCAUGGCACCAGCAACACAACGUUUUUCAUCCUUGUACCCGACCACCAUGUCUGGAGGAGCUGCACAGAAGCGCGCAGCUAAGUCUCAGAGCCCUACACCGAGACGAACAACAGCACCACCGCUCCACGAGUCGGGAGAGAAACAGGGUGACCAUCUCUAUCUCAGUGGCGCCCCCUAUGCCCACCUUCCCCUCACCGCACAGCAUCCGUCGGCAACAGAGGAGUCGCCUGGCACGAGCGCAAGAGAGAGCAGAGAGGGAGCGAGAGUUAGACUAUCAACCCAGGAAGGAGAGGACUGUAAGAGAAACAGAGAUCCAGACCAUACAGAGAAAAGAGAGGGCAGGAAGAGAAGCAGAUAUUCAGACGAUCCAAAGAAAGGCUACCUCUACAGGGGAAGGCGAAGGUGGUGAGGUCGUGGGAGGCCACAGAGCCAAGGCCUCAGCCCCCAACGCCCCCUCGACCCAGGAUAAACAGACAAACUGGUCCAAGGAAAAUCACCCACUAUCAGAUCAGAAGUCAACUGCCGAUUCUCACUCCAUCUCCUCCUGCAUCAUCCCCAUAAACGUCACAGGAGUUGGGUUUGACAGGGAAGCAAGUGCUCGUUGCUCUCUAGUCCAUUCCCAGUCGGUUCUUCAGAGGAGAAGGAAGCUGAGGAGGAGGAAGACUAUCACAGGAAUACCCAAAAGAGUACAACAGGACAUGGACUCAGAUGAAUCACCCGUAGCAAGAGAGCGCACAGUGAUUGUCCAUGCCAACCCGCACCAACUCUCUCUCUGUCAGGAAGACCUCUUAAUCAGUGGUCGCCUCCAUCACACUCGUGACUCUGGCUGCCAGACAGAUGAUUUCCUUAUAGCAUGUACAGCUGCUCCCUCCAGAAGGCGCAUCAGAGCCCAACGUGGCCAUCAAGGAAUCCCUGCCUCUCUCUCCCAUUCAACAGGCAACAUUUCUUCCCUGGGUGACCAGUCAGACUCCACAUACACAAGUGCUGCAACCCAUGGUGGGCGCUUGCGCUCUCGUAGCCUUCCUCGAGAGGGUGGACGCCUGAUGGACAGUGAUGAGGAUGAUGAUGACAAUUAUGAUGAUGAUGACGAAGACGAGGACUUGUCACCAUACGAAGCAGAGGACUUUAUUCCACCUGGCCCUAGUCCAAGAAUGAAGAUGAUGAUGAUGAAGGAUGAAGAGGAGAGCACAGAUGACCAGGCAGCUCCUGAGCCGCUGCAACUCGGUAGCUUGAAAAGGCUGCAGCGAUCUGGGGAGAGAGACAGAGGAGGUGGAGGAGGAGGGAGCCCGGAGCACAGCUGGAUGGAGAGGGGCCGUUCUCGCUUGCCUCGCAAGGCUGAUAUGGGCAGCUGUGAGAUCUCAUCAAGUUCAGAUACUUUCAGCAGCCCUAUUCAUUCGGUUUCUACAACAGGAGUCCUCGGCAGCCAUGUGGACCACAAGGAGGACCACCAGUCAUCAAGCGGGAACUGGAGUGGCUCCAGCUCCACCUGCCCCUCUCAGACAUCUGAAACCAUUCCCCCACCUUCUUCUCCACCACUGACAGGCUCAUCCCACUGCGACUCUGAGCUGUCACUCAACACUGUGCCCAAUGCCAUUGAUGAGGGAUUCUCCCUGGAUCCAUCAUACCACUCGGACCUCAGACCCCAGGGCCAAGGCCACAGGUCAAGCUCGUUCACAUCCUCAGCCACAGACCAGCUGGACGAUGCAGGGGUCAGUACGGCCAGUGAGGGGGAGUGGACAUACCCUCCAGACCAAGACCAGACUGACCCGGACCAAGAUCCUGACCAAACUCAAAAUCUUAGCCGAGGCCAUGGUUUACCCCAGGAGUACAGCUCCAAACAAGGUCUACAAACAUGUUAUAGUGACAACAAGAGCAGCAACAGUGAAAAAGAGUCUGGCUCCCAUUACCCAUCUGAUACAGAGGGUUUCUAUUCCUCUUCUGUGCACUUUGGGGAGUGUAAUCAGAAUUACAAAGGAUACAUGUAUAACUAUGCAGACCCAGGGCCUGACUGUGGCCAAUCCAACACUGUGGCAGCACCACCGUCCCAUGGAGUUUACCCCCAGCCCUCAGCUGACUUCAAGUCAGGUACAAUGACCCUGGGAAGGACCUGUCGUCCGCUGAGGAAACCAAAAGUCAAACCUCCACCACCUAAACGGACCUCCUCGCUGAAGGACACCUGUAGCGGUGUUGAUGUUGGAACGGACACACAGGCAGAUCAGGAUCAACCAAAGACAGUUAGUGAACAAGAGCUUACCUUGUCUUCCACAGAUAUGAAGCUGGAACUGGAGCUAGAGCUUGGAGGUGCUCCAGAACCAUUACAGACAUCCUGUCUAGUGGCAGAGCCUUUGGGAUCUUGGGGAAGGGGACUGGGUGAAACUGUGGACAUAGUGGAGCCCAUGUCCUUUAGCUCUGCAGAUACACACUCAUUUAAGGAUGAAGGUGCUGUGCAAUCUGACUAUGCAGACCUGUGGCUUCACAACACUGAGCUGAAGUCCAACAAUGGUGAAUACACAUCAAUGUCCAACUCAAGCACAGCCACAGGCACUACUGUCAUGGAGUGCAUCAAGUCACCAGACAGCUCUUCCUCCUCCACAGAAACCCAAACCCAGGCCCUUGCCCAACCUUCAGAGACUAGGGCAUCUAGUCCACCUCUCCCACCUGGAGACUUCAAACUUGGGUCACCUGAGAAGCUGGCCGGCCUGGCCUCACCAUCAAGUGGCUAUUCUAGCCAAUCAGAGACUCCAACAUCAACCUUGCCCUCAUCUUCGGCAGCGUUCUUUCCAGGACCACUGUCUCCCUCAACUGGCAAGAGAAAGCCCAAAGUGCCCGAGAGGAAGUCUUCUCUCUCUUCCCUGCAGCACUUCCCCAGAGAUGGAGCUUCCAUUUCCUCUGGCUAUAAGAGAGACCCAGACUUCCCACCUCCACCAUCUCAACUUGAUCUUAAUGUUCUUCAUGGUGGUUAUGUCAGACACACGCUAUCCCAUCGGACACACCACAUGCACACGCUCCACCACAGCAAACACAGAGUUGCAAAUGUUUUAGCCACUGGAACAAAGUUGUUGGCCCCUGAGGCAUCAAAUACCAACCCACCACCCAGUUCAAACUCUGCUUUAACAAUUCCCAGUUCCAAUCUAUUGGUAAUAACUCCAUCUGCUCUUCGUUCAGUGCAGCUCCAUUCUAUUAGUCAACCUACAGAUAGUUCUACCACUGCAGACCAGGAAACAGCAAGCGGAGCAGAGACUGUAACAAGACCCAAAUGUCCUCCUAGUGGUUCUACUCUGGCUCCACCGCCUAUUAACACGAGGCCUCUCCCUCCGCGCAGGCCACCUCCUAGACCCCCGUGUCAUGAUCACACCUCCUCCCCUGAACACUCGCAACCACCUCCUCCUGGGCGCCACCCUGAUGGGCCUCCAUCCUAUGAAAGCCUGCUACUCAGACAGGACCGCUAUGGACCUGGAACCUUCUGGGCUAUGACAGCCUUCAGAACCCGGAUGGACCCAUCAUCAGAUCUCUCCGAGGACAGCUCACCCCUGCAUCGGCCUGUGCCACGUGCUCCCCAUCCUUCGCCUGUGGAUCUACACACGCAUAUCCACUCACACACAGAGUUCAGAGGGCUCACGCACUCAGCUCAUGCACACCCUGAGUUUAGGGUUUUGGGGGAACGCUCAUUCUCCCAGGAUGAUGAUGAUGAUGAGGAUGAGGAGGAGGAAGAGGAAGAUCAGUUGAAAGAGCCACCAAGGGCUGCAUGUUCCAGAGGCGGCAUGCGAUCGGACCACCCUCCACCCCCAGCAUAUGAAUUUGCUGGGGUAUCUCACUCAGACUCAGGGCCCUGGGCUAGUCCAGUCAAAGUGCCUGGUACCACAAAGGAGACAUCGCAUCCUUACCUAAUCAGCGAUGCAAGGAAAGGAGGAUAUGAAGAGCAGGAAGAAGAAGAGGAAGUGACAUCAGGUGCUACCAGAAGUGCCCAUCAGCAGCAGCCACAGGAGAGCAAAGAUGACUCCACUACUCCUGACACUGAGGAUUACUUCAGUAAAGGGAUGUCUUGUGCUACAGAUUCCACACCAAGUGAUAAUUCGCUCUCCCCUCUGAUGGAUGACACCAAAGUGGAUGAAGACAUUAUUAUCACGUCACCCAACAAGACCCGCACGACUGAGGACCUGUUUGCCAUGAUACACAGAUCCAAGAGAAAGGUCUUGGGGCGUAAAGAUUCGGGGGACUUAAACGCAAAGUCUCGUCUCUGCCCUGCAGCACCAGUAACUCCUGUCACCACCGCCAUUAUCCCGCCAGCUCCUCCUCUCAACAUCCCAGCCCCAUUAUCCACUGCUGCCGGGUCACAACGAGCCCCUGUGCCAAUCUACCGCAGCGCCAAGAAAUCCAGCACGUCCAACGAGGAGUUUAAACUCCUGCUGCUGAAGAAAGGUAGCAGGUCUGAUUCCAGCUACCGCAUGUCAGCUACAGAGAUUCUGAAGAGCCCUAUCACCCCUAAAACCCCAGGGGACCCCCUUCAGGAAGGGGCCAUUAGACAGGCUGAGGAGCUACCCUCUACACUCCAAGAGCCCCACAUUUCUGGCUUGGAACCAAUCCAGAUACCAGGCCUUUUUCCCAGAGCCAACUCUGAGAGUUUUACCCCCAAAACCCUGCCUAUGUCCGCUGCAUCCCGACAGGGACGUUCUCGGAUCCCCCCUGUAGCCAACAGCAGUCGAUAUAGUACACGCAGCCGCCUCUACACGGCCCCCAUGCAAGCCAUUUCCGAAGGGGAGACAGAGAACUCAGAUGGGAGCCCCCAUGAUGACAGAUCAUCCUAAAACCACCUGAAGAGAGAUGUCCUCUAUUCUCUGUGUCCUACAUUUCAAAUGCCCCCCUCUACUUUUCUAAUCUUGGAUAGGUGUCUCAUCAAGGCCAACAGUGUAAUUUUUCCAACACACAAAAUCUGACUGUUUCUAAAAUGCACCCAGUUUUGGAUCUACUAUUCUAAUGAAGGGUGUCAGACAGAGUGCUGUGAGAUACUGAAUCAUAAAGGGAUGAUUAUGAAAACUUUGAGGAUAUACCUAAAUACUGUAUUAUCAAAAGAAUAGCUCCCUCAUAGUUAAAAGAGCCAGACUUCAGACCUAUUUUGAUUGAACUGUCUUUUUAAAAAAAAAUCUAAAGAAAAAAAACAGUCCCAAAUGUUUGAAAUUAUGAUAAGAAAAUAAAUUUUGUGGAGUACGGACAACGUGCGUGUGCAUGAACGAGCACAUGCAACAUCCACUGAUAUUUCUACUACUUGUGUUUUGAAUGGCGUGGGUGCGUGUGUGUCGCUGAGGAACUGCUUUCUUAAUAAAAUUAAAAAUUCUUAUGAAAUUUAAUAUUCUUUAAACUUUUGGUGCCCAAAGCAUUGGCCAGACUUCCCAGAGUCCAUCCUCAAUAUUCCUGCCAACAAGCAAGGGUUGUUUCCUUGUGGAAGUUACUAACAACACAGCACCAACGUAUCUAUUAUAUUUCCAUCUGCAGACCUGGCAUAGAGAAUAUAUCACACAGAGCCAAUCAUAUAUUUCUUCACAUUAAUUAUAUCCAAAAAGAUAACAUGAUGCAUGUAUUUUUGUAAAACUGCGCCUCAGAACAUGAUGAUAAAGUUUCACCAUGUUGCAUGACCCUAUAUGGAAACAUCCCCUGGAUCCUGGUUUCUGUCGACAUUUUUGUGGUUCCUUUGUAUUAUAAGAAUGAUUAAUCUUUCACUGUGAAAGGUUUUAGUGACAUUUGUAUUACAUUGCCAGUGAACUAAAUUGAUUUGUCUUGGAUUUGAGUGUCUAACAAGAAGGAGCAAGGGCUUGCGCCUAGAUGGGGCCCAUUUGUCAAGAUAGAGGCUAAUUUUGGACAAUCGCACAGUGGCCUUUCUCUACUAGAGGUGGGUGUAAGCGGGGCAUUUAUAAGUCCCUGCACAUACACAUGGACCUGCGCCAUGUUCCACCAGAAUUCAAUCACAUACGUACUUAAACCCAACCUUGAAAUCUAGUAUGUUUAGACUGAUGAAAGCUUUUCCAGCUGCUGGCCAGUCUUGCUGUGCUGACUUGAAGUGGAAAAGGUGCAUUUCAAAGCAGUUUUAAAUUAGAUACCAUUGAGUGCAGACGGUGAAAAUGCUUUAGAGGGUCCUCAAUCGGUUUGACUAGAGGUUUAAUUUGGAAAGCAUUUCCAAGAACCAACCUCGCUUUUGCACUUCAUGAUUCUUCAAGAAUAUUCCUUGAAAAAGAAAAAAAUAUAUCUUAUAAUGAAAUUGCAUAUGUAUAUUUGUACUGAAUAUAAAAAGUCAUAUCUAUAUAAAACAACAAGCAGAAAUUUUAUAGGGAAUCAACCUGAGUGUAGCAUAGAAGAACAGGUCUCACUGAUAACAUCACACAUGACUCUUAACAAUGUACACUGUUCUCCUCUCCUUGUUGCCUCUCCUUCAUUUGCACUGACCCAGUAGCAUUAGACAGGUGAAAGCUCAACCCAGUAGCUGGUGUACGCCGUUUUGUCUUACCCUCCACACUUCAUAUCACAAAGCCUGAAAGAGAGGAGGCAAGAGGAGGAAAGGACUACACACCACCACGAUAUAACAGUCAGCAAUGCAUCCAUUGCAUGGCUGCAGCCUUUUCUACCCAACACUGGGAUCAGAGCAUAUUCUCAUUCUUCCAAUAGAUGUUACACAUGCAGAGCAUCUAGAGUGUUACAGACUAUCAUCAGUGGAAAGUUUGAACUCUCACCUGCCUAUCACAGCAAACACAACACAUAUACUUCUUACAUUCAGAGACCGUACUUCAGUAGAAACCAUUCACUGUAUUCUGUGAAUACCUCAGCAAGCAUAUUACUGUUUUAUUGUAAAUGCUACAGAUAGAUAUAGAUAGAUAGAUAGAUAGAUAGAUAGAUAGAUAGAUAGAUAGGUAGAUAGAUAGAUGACAAAACCACAACUGUUUGAUACUCAGCGAAUCUGAAUUGCAGAACUGACACUGUGUAAGAUGGAGAGGGUAAAAAGCUGUGAAAUGACUACUAGAAUUUUACAUCUAUCAUACCCGUAUUGCUGAAGCGCACUUGUUCCUGUUCAUUGUUUUAUUUGUUGUGUUUUCUAUCGCAUGCAAUAAGUAAAGAAAAAAAAGAAGAAGAAAAGAAAAGGACACCACCAUAUCAUUAUUUUUAUCUGAGGGAUGUCUCCAUACCACGAGAAAGAGAUUUUGUAUUUUCCGUUCAAAAUGUUCAAGUUCAAUAGUGUGUUCUAUAGAUGUACAAAACUGUCUGGCUAAUUCUGUUCUGUAUAGUCGUGAUCACAAACAGGGGUUUAUCUUGUACUGUAUAUCUACUCACUGGACAAUCAUACGUAAAAAGAGACUGUAAAGAAAAUGAUAUAGAAUCUGUCGGGAUGGAGAAUCUGAACACUUUUGGUGCUGGGUCCUAGUCUUGCUGGAGCUGCGGAAAUUGGGAGUGAGAGAAAUAUUUUCCAGGAGAAACUGCUGAUUCCGUUUUGGACAAGCCGCUUUGGAUAAAU